AUGUUCAUAAACCAAGUGAGUCUCUGUUUUGCAAGCUGCCUUUCUGUGUUCUACUGUGUGAAGAUUGCCUCUUUCAACCAAUCCCUCUUCAGCUGGUUAAAACUGAAAAUCUCCAAACUGGUGCCAUGGCUGCUUUUGGGCUCUAUGCUGUACUGCUUGGUUACUACAGUUGCUUUUACAUUGUUUAGUUAUUCCUACUGGGUAUUUUCUCACAACUCCACAGAUUGUCUAUCAACAAAUGGUACAAUAUCAGACAAUAAAAAUAACCUUUUGGAGUUCACUUUUCAAAUACACAGCGUAGGAUCUAUUUCCCCUCUUAUUGUAUUUAUUGCUCCAUCUGUUCUGCUAAUCAUAUCCCUUUGGAGACACAUCAGGAGAAUGAACCUUAAUUCAGACUUUAAUCCAAGUUUUUGGAACCCCAGCAUGGAUGCCCAUGUGCGUGCACUUAAAUCUGUGGUGUCCUUUUUCAUCAUCUACACUAUUUAUUAUGUGGCUUCAACAUUCUCAAUAGGAAACCUAUCCUAUUUCAAUGAUGAAUUGAAAAUUAUGGUGUUUACAUUUGUAGCUGCUGUCUACCCUUCUCUGCACUCCAUUAUCUUGAUUCUGGGCAACCCCAAAUUAAAACUGGCCUCAGCAAAAAUUCUGCAUUCUGCCAAUUCCUGUUUCGGAGAGGUUACUUCAUAA